AUGGACUCGGAGCUGGCGCGGCUGCUGGACGCGGCCGACUUCGCGGCGCGCAAGCACCGACGGCAGCGGCGCAAGGACCCCGAGGGGACCCCCUACAUCAACCACCCCAUCGGGGUGGCGCGGAUCCUGGCGCGCGAGGCGGGGGUCACGGACGUUGAGGUGCUGCAGGCCGCGCUGCUGCACGACGCGCUGGAGGACACGGACGCCACCGCCGAGGAGCUGGAGCGGCGCUUCGGGGCGCGCGUGCGCCGCCUGGUGGAGGAGCUGACGGACGACAAGGCGCUGCCGCCGGCCGAGCGCAAGCGGCUGCAGGAGGAGCGCGCGCCGCGCCGCAGCCCCGCGGCCAAGCUGCUGGCGCUGGCGGACAAGCUGCACAACCUGCGCGACCUGCAGCGCUGCCCGCCCGCGGGCUGGCCGCCCGCGCGCGUGCACGAGUACUUCGAGUGGGCGGCGCGCGUGGUGCGCGGGCUGCGGGGCACGAGCGCGCCGCUGGAGGACGCGCUGGCGCGGCUGUUCCGGGAGCGCGGGCUGGAGCUGUGA